CGUGAGUGAUUGAGUGCGCGUGUGCGCGCGCCCUUGUGUUGUCUGCCGACUCGACUGACGUCACCGCUGGAACUGGCCUGUCACGCGCUGUUAGUAAAAGUUGGGAUAGGAGCUCGAGACGGAGAGCAGCAGCGAAUUUACGGACGAGCUCGAUCAACGGUCGCGCUGACGCACAACGCUCACCCCCACCCCCCCUUCACGCCACAGGCGAAAAGUUCAAGCUGCUGCGAGUUCGCUGAACCUCCACAGAAGGUCGAACAGUUUGGAUUAUUGUGAGAGAGAAGCGAUUAUAUUUCUGCCCGGGCUUAGAGAAGUAACGUUACAGCACGGAGAAAAAGUUUAAAAGUUUUGCCUUUAUCGUUAGUCAAUGUAGUGAGUUCAUUAAAGAGUCGGCGUUCUUACACGGGUGAGCCCGAGCUGUCAAACCCGAUGACUACUGCAAACUGCCCCGGGAAUGAAGAGCUGGACUUCAGAUUGAUCUUCGGGGAGGACGGGCAGCAGCCGCCGCUAGGCCCCGCAGCACCUGAUCUGAUAUUGAUGUCAUCAACAUGCACACAGACACACAGACACACUGCAGCAGAUCUAGAAACGGAUGAAAACACAUCAUUUUACAUCCUCAAUGUGGGGCAACCUCAUUCAGUGGUGAACCAAUCGCACAGUCUCCAGCGGCAUGGAGGCCCACCCCCAGCCACCUCCCCGUCCCUGCAGGCCCACCACAAGGCCUAUGAGUCCUGCUAUGAGCUCCAUGACUCUAAAUACACACCUACAGGAGUGGGCAGAGGAGGGAACGGCCCACCAAAGGCCUUUGAAUGUCCCAGCAUCCAGAUUACUUCCAUCUCCCCAAGCUGCCAGCAGGAGAUGGAGACCAACGAGGAUGGGAUGAGAGCAAAUGGUCAAGAUGGAGACUACCACGACAGACCUCUGUCUCGAGACCACCUCUACCUGCCUCUAGAUCACUUGUAUCGUGAUUCAUCCCUGAGCCCUAGCCCAUGUAGCAGCCUUUCCUCUCGUAGCUGGUUCUCAGACGCAUCGUCCUGCGAAUCCAUCUCGCAUGUAUAUGAUGAUGUAGAUUCAGAGCUAAAUGAAGCAGCAGCGCGUUUCACGCUGAGCUCGCCACUCACCUCGCCCGGCUGUUCUCCACAGACUGGACCACAGGAGGAAGUGUGGCAACAGCAGCAUCAUCACCAUCACACGGCCUUCACUCACUCCCUUUCUCAUUCGCAUGGCCAUUCUCUCUCGCCCCGCCAGUCGCCUUGCCACUCACCCCGUACCAGCAUCACAGAUGAGAACUGGCUAAGCCCUCGCUCACCCUCACGGCCCUCUUCACGUCCUACAUCGCCCUGCGGAAAGAGACGCCACUCCAGCGCUGAUAUAUGUUAUUUGGGCUCUUUAUCACCCCAUCACUCCCCAACUGCCACGCCUGGCCCCUCGCCCAGGGGCAGCGUGACCGAAGACUCAUGGAUAGGAAGCCCGUCUAUGGGAGUGUCCUCUUUCCAGUGUUGUCCCUCUGAGGCUGACAUCCCCUCUAAGACAAGAAAGACAUCCCAGGACUGUUCAGGAGCACUCCAGUCAGGAAAGAGUGACCUGGGCAUGGAUGACUCUGGGAGUGUAUCUCCUUUGCUUGACUCACCUGCUGAAGAAGCCAUGCACGGAUUAAAGAAGGAUGGAUCUGGAGAGCAGUUUCUUUCUGUCCCAUCUCAUUUCACAUGGAACAAACCCAAACAAGGACACACACCUAUUUUCAGGGCAUCAUCCCUGCCUCCUCUGGACUGGCCAUUACCGAAUCAGUAUGGGCAGUAUGAGCUAAAGAUCGAGGUUCACCCCAAAGCUCAUCAUCGAGCUCAUUAUGAGACUGAAGGCAGCCGAGGGGCCAUCAAAGCCAAUUCUGGGGGACACCCUAUUGUCAAGCUCGUUGGCUUCAGUGAGAAGCCAGUGAACCUGCAGAUGUUCAUUGGGACAGCGGAUGACCGUUAUUUGAGGCCGCACGCAUUCUACCAGGUUCACCGCAUAACAGGAAAAACUGUCGCUACGGCAAGCCAGGAAAUUAUCAUCACCAGCACGAAGGUUCUCGAGAUUCCUCUCCUUCCUGAAAGCAAUAUGUCUGCCAGUAUUGAUUGUGCUGGAAUCCUGAAGUUGAGGAACUCUGACAUUGAGCUGAGGAAAGGAGAAACUGAUAUUGGACGGAAAAACACUCGGGUCCGUGUGGUGUUCCGGGUUCACAUCCCACAACCCAAUGGAAAAGUGGUCUCACUGCAGGCUGCUUCAAUUCCAGUGGAGUGCUCACAGCGCUCAGCACAGGAGUUACCCCAGGUCGAGAAAGCCAGUAUUAGCAGUUGCCCAGUGAGUGGAGGAGAGGAAAUGACCAUCACUGGUUCCAACAUCUUCCCUGAGUCAAAGGUCAUUUUUCUGGAGAAAGGUCCAGACGGACGACCGCAGUGGGAGGUGGAGGCAAAGAUCAUAAGAGAGAAGAGUCAAGGAUCUAGCAUCGUGGUGGAGGUGCCUCCUUAUCACAGUAAGACGGUCACUUCAGCAGUGCAGGUGCAGUUCUAUGUGUGCAAUGGCAAACGGAAAAGGAGCCAGUCACAGCGCUUUACCUAUCUGCCAGUACGGGUCAAGCAGGAACAUCGAGAUGAUCUGGACUCCCCUGCUGUGCCACCCAUGUCCAUGUCUCUGGUCCAUGCUGCCAGUUUGGUCUGUGCUCAGCCGCUGUCCUCCCCAGAGCACUCCCACCCACCAGACGGCCUUCUGUCCAGCUCGCCACGCGGCCUGGCUGCAGGCCUGCACCCUCUUCAGGCCCCCUGCGCCCCGAUGGGCUCCCCAACUCUUCCCCACCUGCCUCACCUUCAGGCUCAAGGACUGAAAGCACCUCCUGAAUGCCAGAUGCCCUUCCACUCAGGCCCUGCUGCCACUGCCAGGCCAUCUUACCCACCCAUACAACACAACAUGCCCUUCAACGGCCAACGCAGUCUUCCUAUGACUGCGGGCUCCCCACAGGCAUAUGAGCGAAUGCCCUUUCAGGCCGACCCGGCUGGGUGUCACACCCUAAGUAUGGGGAUGGUGUAUGGCCCGGCUUCUUCAACACCCACCUCUGGAGUGCCUUCGGGGCCUGGCUCCAGCCCCAGCCAUGCAGCCUGUACUGGUAGCAACCAGGUCAUGGCCCAACCUGCCCCUCACCUUCACUCUCUAGGCUAUCACUGCCCCACUCCAGGGCAGGUCCCAUCACCCACCCACACACUGGGACAGCCGUCCCCACAGCUCCAGCAUCCUCUGGUCUACCAUCCAGCCGGCCAGCGGUCCGCUUCCUGUCCCACACCCCCCAGUGCUCCUGCUCAUAUGGUGUCAUCUCCCCACUCUGGCCCCUCGUCCCCCCAGCUCCAUUCCCUCCCCUACCACUCACCCACCUCCCCAUCUCCUACAUCCAAUAGCCCCCUGGGGCCCAUGGCACUCUCUGGACAGCCUUCUCCCCAGGCUACCAGCCCUGUCUUGGCUGGCCUGUCCCCUUCAGGUCCCUUGGUGCACCCUAUGACCCAACAGGGAGAGAGGCUGAACAUCAAGCAGGAGCCAGAGGAUAGAGAGCCCACCUUCCGGACCAUCGGCCUGCAAGAUAUUACGCUUGAUGAUGUGAAUGAGAUCAUAGGCAGGGACAUGUCCCAGGCCCCAGAGGCUCAUGGAGGUUCGCCAGCUGCACACAGUCAAUCCUAGCCCACAACACACCCUUCAUUCUCUCAGACCGUCUUCCCAGGACUCCAGAGCCAGAGACA